AUGUCAAACCCAAGUGAUAAAUUCACGAUCCAACCAUUCCCGGGACCAAACGAUAACCCCAAUGUAAACCCGAACCCAGGCGCGGGUGCGGCAAUGACAACGGACGCUCCGGGCUUGCAGAAGCUGGACAAGGAAAAGGCAGACAAGCUGGAAAAGCCAUUGUCGUCUGAAGAGCUCAAGAAGCGCACAGAGGCGCUGAACAGCUAA